CACACACACACACACACACACACACAGAUACAUGUACAUACACAAAUACACAUGUACAUACAUACACAGACACAUGUACAUGCAUACACACAAACACACACAUGUACAUGCACACACACACACACACAUAUAAAAAGUUGCAGUACUUCGUUGUUCACUCACAGAGUCGGGUACUGCACUCUAGCGGGAGGCAGAGAGCACAGCACACACUCCUUCCUUUGCUUUCACUGUGCUCAGCUAUUGAACAGUCUGACGGCUCCCAGUGCCAAUGACAGAUCCAGCCUGAGCUCCGAG